GCGGGGCGCAGCCCGGGCCGGCCCCUCGCACCGGGGAUUGGCCGCCCGCCGGUGCCGCCGCGGGCCGGGCAGCGCAGCGGAGCAGCCUCGGUCGAGCGCGGUGCCCCGAGGCUGCGGCGUCCGUCGGGGCCAUGGCGGCGCUGGGCUCGGCGGCGCUGCGGAGCGGCGGCGCGGCCCCCCGGCUCCUGGCCGUGGCGCUGUCCUGCCAGAGCUGCCGGCACAAAGCCACCGGCGACGGUGGGCACGGGCAGCCCCGGGAGCAGCACCCCGCGGCCCCCGGCAGAGUCGGCGGCCAGCCCGUCCCGGCCGAGGGCGCCGACACCAAGACCUACCUGUGGGCCAGGUACCACGAGAUGAAGAAGCUGGUCUACGAUCUCCUUCCACCGGGAGUCUGCAACCUCCUCAACCCUGCCGCCAUCUAUGCUAACAAUGAGAUCAGCCUGGGAGAUGUGGAGAUCUAUGGCUUUGACUACGAUUACACAUUAGCACAGUAUUCCAAUUUACUACACUCCAUGAUCUUCAACACUGCCAGAGACAUCCUCAUAGAACAAUUCAAGUAUCCGGAAAGGCUUGCGAAGUACGACUACAUUCCAGGCUUUGCCAUACGUGGGCUUCACUACGAUGUACAGAAGAGUCUUCUGAUGAAGAUCGAUGCUUUCCAUUAUGUCCAGCUGGGGACUGCAUAUAGAGGGCUCAAACCGGUGCCUGAUGAAGAGGUGAUCGAACUCUACGGAGGUACACAGCACAUCCCCCUGUACCAGAUGAGUGACUUCUAUGGCAAGGGUCCAUCACUUAAGCAGUUUAUGGACAUUUUUUCUCUUCCUGAAAUGACACUGCUCUCUUCAGUCAUUGAUUAUUUCAUCAAUCAUGGCAUUGAAUUUGACCAGGUGCAUCUCUACAAGGACAUAUCUGAUGCAAUUAGAGAUGUUCAUGUGAAAGGAGUGAUGUACAAAUGGAUAGAAAAAGAUAUGGAACGGUAUAUUCUGCAUGGGGAUGAAAUCUAUGCUGUGCUAAACCGCCUGGUGAACCACAAGAAGAAGCUGUUCCUCAUCACAAACAGUCCCUUUAGCUUUGUGGACAAAGGAAUGAAGCACAUGGUUGGCAAGAACUGGCGGGAUUUAUUCGACAUGGUCAUCGUGCAAGCGGACAAGCCCAACUUCUUCACUGACCGGCGCAAACCUUUUCGAAAACUGGAUGAUAAAGGUUCACUGCAGUGGGACAAAAUAAAUCAGCUGGAGAAGGGAAAGAUCUACAAAGAGGGCAACCUCUUUGAUUUCCUGAGGCUGACGGGCUGGCGUGGAUCCAAAGUGCUCUACUUUGGUGACCAUCUGUACAGCGACCUGGCGGACCUCAUGCUACGUCAUGGCUGGAGGACUGGAGCCAUCGUUCCUGAGCUGGAGACGGAGAUCCGGAUCAUAAACACGGAGCAGUACAUGCACUCCCUGACCUGGCAGCAGGCUCUGACUGGGCUGCUGGAGAGAAUGCAGAUGUAUCAGGAUGCAGAGUCAAAGCAAGUAUUGCUGGAGUGGAUGAAGGAACGGCAGGAGAUCAGGUCUCUGACGAAGAACCUGUUCAACCCCCAGUUCGGAAGCAUCUUCCGCACAUUCCACAACCCCACGUACUUCUCCCGCCGGCUGGUGCGUUUCUCCGACAUCUACAUGGCUUCCAUCAGCUGCCUGCUCAACUACGACGUGAAUUUCACCUUCUACCCCCGGCGCACCCCUCUGCAGCACGAGGCUCCGCUCUGGAUGGACCAGCUGUGCACGGGCUGCAUGAAAACGCCCUUCCUGGAGGAGAUGGUGCACAUCCGCUGACGGGCAGGUACUGCGGGAGCAGCGGCACCGCCGGGCUGGGGCGGGGCCGGGCCGCCCGGCCGGCAGCACCUCUGUCUACCACUAAAGGGCGUUUGACACUUG